GUCUCCAAAACCCGCCCUCACUUUACUGUAAAAGCUCAUCUGUUCUCUCUUAACACUGUAUAUAUGAUACAACUGAGUACAAGUUGACUUAAUACUUAGACACUUAGGACUCAACAAAAAUUAUGUUGGCUCGUUUGCUCUCAAAGAAACCAGUUUUCUUUUUAUACCUUGCAACUUUGAUUCUUACAUAUCUAAGUUUAUUCGAAUGUAGUGAAGUGGACCAGAACAAAAAGAAAGGACACUUGGAGCCAAUUUUUUCCUACGGUAAACGUCACCAAGUUGAAGUCUUUGAAGGAUUUCCAACUCCAAAACAGUUCUUCCAAGACUUCGUGUCUCCAUCGAAACCAGUCUUAUUCAAAGACGCAGCUAAGCGUUCUCCUGCCUACAAGUUAUGGAACGAUGAAUAUUUUCUUUCGUACCCAGAAAGCCGAGAAUAUAUCGUGACAGUUGAGACGAAAAAGAAAGAAAACAGAAGUCAACCAGCAAACGAUGUACCCUUCAGCACAUACUUAAAACACUACAGAAAGAAAGACGUUUAUAUGGUCAAUAGUGUGCCUAAUUUUCUAAGGAAGGAUGUUCUAGUUCCUUCUUGCUUGGCUUGUGAGAACAUGAUCCAUGAAAACUUGUUGUAUAAUAUGAUGUGGAUGAGUAAUGGUGGAACUAAGUCUGUAUUGCACAAUGACUAUGCUGAGAACUUAAACUGUGUCUUCAGAGGAAGCAAGAGGUUCUUUAUCGUGGAUAAGAAAUACAUGGAUCUGAUCAAUGUAACAGAUCUGGGAUACUCAAGUGUGGAUGUUGACAGGGUUGACCUCGAUCAGUACCCAGGUCUAUACAACAUGGAACAUUAUGAGGUGACAAUCAAUCCUGGCGACUGUCUGUAUGUUCCCUUCCUUUGGGUGCAUCAGGUGACGUCAUUCAAUCACAACAUAGCAGUCAACAUAUGGUGGAAAAACAAGGCGGAAGUAGACUUUGAUCACUGCGAUCCUGAUGCUAACCUGACUCUAAAAGAUGUGACGUUUGUCGGGUUCGACAAAAUCUACGAUGCAGAGCAUAAAAUGAUCAGAGGGAGACUGAACCACAGAAUCAAAACCAAGGGACCAAUGAGAUUUGAAGAUUUGAUGGAAGUCAUUAUAGAGGCAGGCGAUCUUGUGGAACCUGAUUCACAAAUGGACGGCAAGAUAAGAGAACUCAUGAAAAAGGUUUUUGUUAUCUUAGACGUAGAUCCAACAGAUGGUGUGAUUACUAAGAAAGAGCUGGACAUCCUAAGCCAAGAUAACUUGGAGACCAUUCGAAACCUGUUCAACGAAGUCAUUGAGCUGCAACAGCAGCAGGAAAAUACAAACCUACCACCCCCUGUCAAAAGAGAAUUGGCUGACGAACAGCUGCCUCCUGAUUGGUCAAAAGAGGAAAGACAAGGUGAGGAUGAGUGGGAGGAAAAUGAUCUAACGGACUUGUGGGAUGAUGCAGACGGCGAUCACUGGCCUCCAGCUGGCGGCGCGCUUGUUGAACCAGAAAUAGAACCAAGUGCGGAAAAAGAAGAAUUAUGAUAAAUCAUCUUUCUCGUUGACUCCGAUAAUAUCUUGGCACUGUAGUAUAAAAAAUAAAUAAAGCAUGGCUUGUAAAAGAAAUAUUUAUAGAUAAAAAUUCAAAAUAUUUUUACAUUGCAUACAUUAUAAGUUAUUUUACUAUUAAAGCUACCCAUUUGUCUUUUUUGAAUUUUAAAGAAGGACAGGAAACGAGCUUAUCAUGCAUUGAAUUGUGGGAUAUUUUGGGAAACCGAGGUGAAACAGCUCCGCCAUCUUUUAUCCCAUAAUAUAUACAGGCCCAUAAUCCUUUGCCAGUUUAUCUUUAAACGUUGAACAGGGGAACUUUAAAAAA